UGGCCUCCAAAGAUGGCGCCACGCACUGUGUUUCUUUCGCGGCCGGAAAUUGUUUUGAGUUGAUAUCAGCGGUGGCGGCGGGGGGAGUCCAUCAAUAGGGAAGCUGUCAAGGAUACACAAUUCCAAAAGUUAUAUCAUGAACAAAGCAUUGUAGUGAAAGUUUUAGCGCCGAGCCAAGCCUCUGACCGCGAUCCUCGAUCUGCAAUUCCCUCUUAUGCUGCCCCGAACCUGGCGGCGCGGCUUGGCCGCGUUGGUCGGCCGCCUCUGCUGUUGAGGCAUGCCUCGCUCGCAGCCCGUCAAGUCCGCAUGCAGCGGCGCCGUGGCUUCUGCUUCGUCGGGCCGUGCGCGAAGCAGCUCGGAGGACGGCGCGUACAGCUCGACGAGCGAGGCCGAGCUCGACUCGGACCACGAGCUCGACCUGGACGCCGAGGUGGACCCGCAGAAGCUGCUCGGGGCCUGGCUCGGUGAACUGGACGCCAUCAACCUGCAGCAGUUGGGUCUAGAUAGCCUGAGCAGUGCCAAUGUUCGAACUGGCCAUGGCAUGACGACGGACCCAGCUUUAGUGUCCACACCAAGGCUGGAUGGCUACCGCUUUUCCAUGGUCAACUUGGAAGAAAGCCAAGAUGUGGAGCUGGAUGCGAUCCUGGGUGAGCUGUGUGCUCUGGAGACGCAAUUUGAGCGCGAGAUCAGCCAAAAGGGCCACCUGCUCGGCCGCCACGCCAGCACGAGCCCAGUGCCACUCGUCGUGCCCUCAGUCACGGCAGCAUCCGCCGUGAUUGGCCAAGUGUCGCCUUUCAGCUCAGGCACCUCCAGCCAGCGUUCCUCUGGCCACAGCCGGUCCAGCUCUUCAAGUGGGGGUCGAACCAAGCUGGACUUCGGGCCUUUUCAGGAUGGAAUUGUGUCCACAAAUGGAGCCAUUAGGACAGACAGCCCUGACAAUGACUCGGCUUUCUCGGACAAUGUCUCGAUGCUCUCCUCCGAGUCCUCAGCCUCGUCUGGUGGCGGAAACAAUGUCCUGCGAUCUAGUGCCGACAGCGUUCGCUUGCCCAAGGCCAACGCUGGCCUGGUGUCAUCACCCUGUCAGCUCUUAGAGGCCAUCAAUGCCCAGCUGAGGUCUGUUCAGGCAGGCAUUGAGCUGGAGACCCCACCCCCAGCAGAGCAAGCUGCACGUCUCAAGGCUGAAAAGAUUAAGAUAGCUUUGGAGAAAAUGAAGGAAGCCAGCGUGCAGAAGCUGUUCAUCAAGGCGUUCAGUGCGGACAACAGCGCAAAGAGCCUGCUGGUGGAUGAGCGCAUGAGCAUCGUUCAUGUGACCCGCCUGCUGGCUGACAAGAACCACGUCCCCAUGGAUCCCAAGUGGGCCAUCCUCGAGAGCAUCCCGCAGCUCUACAUGGAACGUGUCUAUGAAGACCACGAGAACCUGGUGGAGAACCUUCUGCUAUGGACUCGCGACUCAUCUAACCGAAUUCUAUUUGUUGAGAGGGAAGAGAAGUACGACCUGUUUGUGAAGCCAGAGAGCUACCUGCUUGGUGGAAGUUCUUCGGAGCAUGGAGCUGAGCUGGAUGAUGAUGCCAAGUUGGCAUUGAUUGACGAAUUCUUCGGCGGUUCUUCAAGUGUCGGAGUGCCAGAGGUCGAGGGACUUCUCUACCUCAAGAGUGACGGCAAGAAAGCCUGGAAGAAGCACUUCUGCCUCCUCCGGGCCUCGGGGCUGUACUAUUGCCCGAAGGGCAAAUCCAAGUUGCCAAAAGACUUGGUUUGUCUCACUACCUUUGAGAUGAACAACAUUUAUGUUGGUUUUGGAUGGAAGAAGAAGUACAAGGCACCAACAGAUUUCGGCUUUGCAGUCAAGCACCCGCAAAUUCAAACAAAAUCAUCCAAGUACAUCAAGUACCUUUGUGCCGAGGACAAGCAGACCUUGCAGCGCUGGGUGACAGGAUGCAGAAUUGCAAAGUAUGGCCGGAUAAUCAAAGAGAACUAUGACAACCUGAUGCGUGACAUUGUUGAAGAGGACCUGGAAACCCUGGCUCAUGCCCGUAGCUUUUCUAUCUGUUCUAUGGCCAAAACACUGGCAGCUGUGAGCCCCGACAGUGUGUCUCCGGAUCUCGCCAGCCCAUCGCAGGAGCAACAGUCCUCUGAGCGGCGAGGCAGCGCAGACUCUGGGCUGACCAUCACGGCAGGUGACCUUGGCAACUCUCCUUCUGGCCUGGUGCUGCACUCGGGUCUCCCGCGAAAGGAAUCGUCCAGCAGCAGCGGAGCGUCAUCUGACCGCACCGAUACUGCCACACCGACAGACCAGCAGAUUGCCUUUUUUGAUGCCGAUGCUCCUAUUGGGACCAUCAAGAGAAAACCAUCAAUGACACCCAAAAUCCCCUUGACCAACACAACUCGCACACUUGCUAAGCAGUCAUCGGUGGAACUUCCCGACAGUUCUGGAAUUUAUGACACUGUAGGAAGGAAGAGUGGCGCUCAUCUCAGCGGCAGUCUUGGGAGAACAUCAGGAGGACGAAUGAGCCUGCGCCGGUCACAGACUGAUGAGCGCAUUUCCACCUCUGCCUUGGGCACCCUGUCAAGAAAUCGCCAGGGCAGUCUACCCCGUUCCAGUAAUGCUCGUCGAACUUCUCCACCUUUGUCACCAGGCCCAACAUUGCGUUCCCCUCCCCUGCAUAGCCCUGAGAAGGAGUUGCAGCAGCACUUUGUUCCGCUUUUUUCAUCGCAACCAGCAGUCGAGUCGGAUGAGGGGACCUCACCCGCUCAGCUGUCAGCUCAAGUUCCCGGUACAGUGAAUGCACCCUCUCCUCCAAAUGAUUUCACAGGCAGCACACUGAGCCUUGAUUCAUUCCCACCACCACCACCACCUUUGCAGCUUGGUGAUGUUCUUAGCUGGCCAAGCACUUCCAGCUUGAACUCACUGCCACCGCCCCCCUCUGAAUUGGCAACACCUACAAAUAGCCCGCCCCCUGGUAGCACACAAACAACACCAACAAACAGCCCUCCAGCUGUUCCCCCAAAGCCAAGGUCACCACGGUCCCCUCCAGGUACAAACCUGUCGGUGUUGUGCCGUCCAUCGGACAGCACUUGUAUUAUCUACGCAGAUCCACAACUCAUUGCCAAUGGCUAUGAAAUGCUGCGUAAGAGACCCAGUGAAGACAUUAGUGGCAGCAGCUGUGAGCAGGCUGCCAUGCCUAAAAGCACACAUUCUGUGGGUGGAGCAAAUGCUACCAGUCACUUGCCUUCUUCGAGCAGACAGCUUUGCAGCUGCAGUGAAUAUGAAGUUGUGGAGAAAAGAGCGCUGCAGAAAGUGGUGGCAGCACCGCCGCCGCCACCGCCGCCGCCGCCGCCGCCGCCGCCACCACCUCCACCACCACCACCGAUGCAGCCACUUAUGCGAAAGAAGCCAGCGCCACCUAAACGCAGUGAAAGCACGCGGCUGUCAUCUCCUGCACGGCGAUCAUUCUCAUCACCGGCUGGUCCGGGCCAGAUCGCUUGCCCACCAGAUGUGUUCUUGCGGGACUUGCAGCGUGUAAUGGAGAAAAAAUGGAAAGUGGCCCAGCAGCUGUCGUCUGAGCCGACUGCGACUCCACACGAGAUUCUCGGUUUCCGCGACCCCUGCUGCCUCCCGCCACCGGAUGGCAGUGCUGAUGAUGUGUCAUGUAGGCGCAAAAUUCCACCACCACCGCCACCAAAGCGAAGUGAUGCGACACAGCUGUCUAGAAAAGUCUGCUAGGCUUGGUGACGAGAGCUGAGCACUUGGGGUCACGUAAACGCUCGCCUGGCCGUCUCUCCUGUUAGAGCUGACACUGGUUGCACGUGACUUGCUUUCAACUCUGCAACACACCCUCAUGUCAACGAGUUGUGAGGAGUGCCUCUCUUACGUGGUCUGACUAGGUGUGCUGGGCAUGGCAGCAGGCACUGCACUUGAGCACGAGUGCCAUGUCGCAGCUCGUCGCACGAAAGGCCGUGGUCAUAAUAACAGAGCUUGCUGUACCUUGUGGCCUGCACAUGGUGGUGGGUGGUGCAGACUGGGCACUCGUCUAAAGCUGGCUUUGGCGGGACUGUUUAUUGUGCUAGCUGCACCAGUGCUGAGAGCUGUGCUUGAUUUUCCCUUUUGUGGUUGAAAAGUGAAAUUUGGUGUUGUGCGCGCACAGCAGUCUUUCUGUUUUUCAUCAAUACUGAAUGUGUUUAGGACCUGGAAGGCUGUAGAAAUAGCCAUGAUAGUGUGACCCUUUGCCAGCUUGGAAAUGCACAUAAAGGAAAGCACAGAUGCAGAAAGAUGAUUGUAGACUCUUCCCAUUAUCAGGUGUCCAAUCAAGCAUCUGCAGCUUUUAGUUUUAAUGUUCUUUUUUAAUUAAUAAUGAUUACUCAGUGCACAGUCAACACUUUGAAAUUAAUUUUUAGCUUCAUUUCCAAUAGUACAUGUCUUAACAUUGAACCGUAAAUUAGUGUGAAGGAUAGUUGUGAGAUCAAGCCUUUGCAUCUUAACACAGCAUCCAGAGGGGCUCACCAAAAGGCUCCCCUGCAUUAAAUUUUUUUUCAGGUUUUGCUGUGGGGAGUGACAAAUGAAAAUUGAAUUUUGCAUUUGCCAUGGAGUGGUCUUUUGGCCAACUGAUUUUGCAUCUAUAUGAGAUAUGAGUCUGAUAAGGGAAGCCCAAGGAAACUUAUCCAGAUUAAUUUGUAAUGGUCUUGUCAUGUGUGAAAGAAAUACGUGGGGAGUCCUCUUUGUGGUUCUGCAACCAGCAUGAUCAAAGAUUGGCCAUAAACGGUCACGCAUGAAGAAGCCUUUUCCGAGGGAUGUGUGCAAGUAAUUCAGUAUGCUGGCCAUGUCACGUAGUGCGCAAGCACAUGGUCAAAGAUGCUGCUGCUGGUUCUCCACGUCAGCUCUAGGGAUACAGUUAACUUUUAUGAUGCAACACUUUCAGUUAAAUCAGAUGCGUGCCUGUUUUAUCAGCUUAUGUUGUGGCUUACACUCUUGGCAAUGUGUUUCUGAGGUGCCAUGUUCUCUACAUUGUUUUUUUUUUACUUUGUUAUUACUCGGUGAGAGCUGAAUUGCCAAAAGAAAGGAACAUGAGCAUUUUGUGUGUGUGCCAUGUAUGUCUGUUUUUACAUUUUUCUACGUAAGCGUAGGCCUUAACUAGCUGUAGCGUCUUUUUCUUCAGACUUGCCGACCUGGUGACCAAAUAUCUACUGCCAUACGCAAAACGACGCAUGUAGCUUGCAAAAGUCGCUGUGCUUCUAAUACCUUCCAAUGUGUGCUUUGCCAUAAGGGUUGGAAAAAGUUCUUUGCAGUGCAAACUAGUCCUACGAUGCUUUCAUUAUUUGUAUCACUGUGUGCAUUGUGACCUACAAUAUCCAGAUGACUAAUGUGCAUAUCAGUAUGGCCAACAGUAGCCUGAUGCCAAGACGUCUGCACUGUGUUGAGUGCUCCAAUUGUGGAAGACGGUAGGAAUGUCGGCAAGCCAACACAGUGGUGUUUUUGUUGCCGCACUAGAAGAUCCCAAUACUGAGCUGUCCCUACAUUUGCAUUUUUCAAGACUGGUUCCACUGGUCCAAAUGUUGGUCAUCCCCCCAUUCCUCGCCAGACAUGAAAUGAGGAGUGGUGGAACAAGAAAUCUGGCAGGGUGAACAUGAGUUGGGUUUGCACAUAGCACAUCACUAUACAUUUGCAUGGAAUUGUCUAGAGGAUUUUACAACUGUUUGAUAUAGACAGUAAUAGCAUAUCUGAGUUUGAUAUAAUCAGGAUCACCUUUAUCACCAAAGUACUGAAACAGUUUACGGGAAUAGCAGUAGUUGCAUCAGAUCAAAGCAGGCAUACUGUGCCUUCCACAAUUUUUUUAUAUGCUGCCUUUAUAAUCACUAUGAAGCACUACUCUGCCAUUGGUCUGUUAUUUUGGGUGUAUGUGCAUUUUUAUUUCGUUUCUUGCUAGCCCCGCAUCAAGUGUCAGAUUAUGCACUGAAUUAAGUUGGCACCUGUUCCAUAGAAAGAACAGUGCGUCGAUAAACAUCAGGUUAUGAUAAACCUUCUAUAUUGAGGAACCUGUAAAUGGGCCUGAAUGACAACAGCAUAGAAGGUUUGCACCAGUGUUCAAAAUGCACAUUACUUCCAAUGCAACCUAAAGUUCAGGGAAAGCUAUGUGUGCCACUACUGAUGACGGUAUGGAAAGACUCAUAUCUUGCUGUCGCUGUGUUCCCGUCAGACAAAGAAACAGCAGGUGAUGUGAGAGCAGGUACCAUUCCAUCUAAUGCUGAUUAAAUUAAACGCUCACAACUUUUCAACAAAGCUCCAAAAAAUAGGCUCAGAAAUGGUGUAGAUCUCGCUCGUUGCCUGCAUUUGCUCUAGUGGUUCUUUCGUGUUUUUGAUAGGGCCAUCAGGAUAACUGGGAAAAACACUGGCAACUUUGGAAAAGCACUGACUCACAGUUGAGAAGAAGAGCCAGGAAAUUAGCCGUAAAUACAUGUUAACAGUGUGGACAUCAGCAGAGGAAAUGAUGUUAAACAUAAAGUUAGAGAUGGGAAACAGCAUACCGGAUGAUUGCAAUGGAGGUAGUCUAUGAAACUAUAUCCGACAGCGAGGAAUGAGAUCAAGAAGAAAAUUGUAGGAUAAUUCGAGGAGCAGUGCGCUACACUUUGAAGACUUAUCAUGGUGUGUAAGAAUGUGAGGUCGUACAAGAAAAUGUUCUGAUGCGAAUAGCACAAAACUAUUGAGCAUGUUUGGCUAGCUAUGUUGAAUCCAUCCGGAGGUAAUUGAGGAGAUAAUUAGCCUGCUGAUGUCCUUGGGUUUUAAAGAUUGUUGGGGGAAGGGCAAUAGACCUGUUGUUGAGAAUAGCAAAAGGGGCAGCCAGAGUUAUUGAUGCGGCAAAGGCAGGGAAUCACGGAAUGGAAGAACACAACUUAGGGGUUAACAUAAAAAAUUUAACCUGAAUGGCCACUGAAACACUUUUUUUAGCACAAUAACAUCCCAAUCUAGGCAAUUCUGCUUUGAAUGUGCAACUGAAAUACUAUUCCACAGCAUGCAUCAGCGAACUUACCAUGUAAAAUUUCUCGCUCCUUUCUGAAGCUUCAGAGCCCUAACGUUUGUUUUUCCCCUAUGUGAAAUGAGCAGUGAAACUACAGCAGGCGCGACACCCUUAUACACCAGCCAUUUAAGCAAUCGUUUAUGACGUCAACAAAAGUUCCUGUGUGUGUGCUUUCACAUCUAGGAAGAGGGCACCCUGUCACUCCUCUCUGGGGUGGUAGUAGUACGUAGGUGACCCGCAUAGGAGCACUGCAGAAAGAGAGAAAGUGCCACGCAAGUAGUUCCUAUACACUAGAAGGGGACUGGGGAAGCAAACGUUUUGCUCUCCAGAUCUCUUCAUAUUAGCUCCCCUUUAAAAAUGUCUUUAGGAAUAUAGUCCUUAUGUGGCAAAUCCAUUCUCCGGAAGCCUGCAAAGUGGAUAAAAUUUCAUUAAAGGAAAUAUUGUCAUCCACCUGCCUCAUAGCAGGAAGCUAGAGUAUGGGUUUCUCAGAAAAAGCUUCGCAGUUGAAGAAAAACUUGUCCUGGUCCAGGACUCGAACCCAUAAGUCUCGGGUUCAAGUGCCAGAUCAGGACGAAGCUUGCCUUCUGAGAAACCUGGACGGGUUUCCUUUGCAGCUUCAUGCUACAAGUUGGGUGAAUGACACUUUUUCCUUUUGUAAUCCUUAUUAUACAGUACACCCAUUCCAGCCUCUUGUUCAGGCUCAGGAAAAUAUGUUUCAGGGCCUCCUUAAGGACUGAAGAUAAAUGCAGCAGGAGGCUAAAACUUCCAAGCUUGAUAGCACAACUCCUUCCGAGCUCCUUUUGGCUGGAGGCACUUGCUAUACUGAAAGCAUAAGGGCUGUUAGCUCUAUCGAUGCCAUCAGCACCGAUGAAUUGUAAAGCAGAAAAGAUGUUUACAGGUGCAAUGUUGGUCCAGGUGGCAAUGGUGCACAAAACUUGUGCGUCGACUGGAAGCAAUUUUUAUGGUUAACUUUUCAAUGGAAAAUGCUUUCACACAUUGGAAUCGCAAGAUGUGACCUAUGUGCAUUGCAGCUGCCACCCUUGCAGUGCUUUUCUGCGUUCAGAUGCUUGGCCUUUGCUUGCCUCAUGGAUAGACAUGAGAUUUGUCAACCUGUGUGAUUUUUUAAGCUGCAGUGCAUGUUCUGUGCAAAUUGUAGAACUUGGAAUGCUUUAAGGGACAGCCUCUGUUUUCUUCCAUGUCACUUUUCUCAAAUGUCAUGGUGUACCAAUGGAAUGCACUUUAAGGUAGCCUGUAUAGAAGCUGUAUAAAGUGUUCAUUUGUAAUCCCCUUGGUGCUGCACAUUCUCCCUCUCGGUGGUCAUGUAUCCUCACUCUAAUAAGAAAUAGCCAGAUAAAAAGACAGCAGUGCACUCUCAUCCAAAGGGAAACAAAGCCCAGUCAUGUAGGGUUGCACUGUGAACUCAUGGUCUUCUGGUGGGAGGCCUUUCCUUUUCAGAGCAUGUACUCCCUUGUUCUCAAGAUAUGACGUUUUUAUCUCUUGUUGGUUGUUGCCAAGAUUUUUGAGGCUGUUCACCUCUCGGGCUCAACGUGAGUGAAUCACUGAGAAAUGCAAUGCCUUUCCUAUGCUGCCAUAAAGGCUUCCACCACAUUUCUUGUGGCUUACUAGUUUUUGUUGUCGAAUGAUCUUUUAAGAGCUCGCAUGUGAAUAUGCAAGUGUGCCAUGCUGUUUGUACCAAGGCCUCUUCAGUUGAACAUAUAGGCUCAGCAGGAUACAGCUACCACUGACACUUCACAACACGAUGCCUUAUUUAAAUUUUUGACAUUAUUACCAGAUUCUUCCUAGAAUUUGAUAGGCAAAUGCUAUAACAAUUGUCGAGACAUACAUACCAUAUUUGCAUGGACAUAUAACUCAAGCUGUUUGUUGUAGCUCUAGCGAAUUCCUCUUUUGUUUAGAGCUGUUGUUCAUAUUAUAAAAAAUAUUUUCUUUCCACUUUUGUGCUUCAAGAUGCAGCAGUUUUCCAAAGUUGUUCAUUGUGGUUUGUGCUAAACGUUAGCCCAUGUUGUACCUGUUUGCAUGCGUCACUGUAACAGGCAGGGUAUGCAAAAAUGUGUCCAAGUGCAGUUAUGGUUGCAUAACACACAAUGAGGUUUCGUGACAAUCGUAAUAGUACUUGUUAUUUUCUAAGUUGACACUUUGCCCCCUUGUUAUUUUCUGGUUGUGUUAUAUUCAUGCAAACAUGGUAUGUGACAUUCACAAUAAUCGCCUGCAAAGCAUGGUAUAUUGUGUAUUGUAACACACAGUUUUGAUUCAUUGAGUUGUGAAAUGAAUGAGAACACUGAAGGAGCAUACAUCAGUGGCUAUGCCAACACAAAGUGAGAUCCUGAGGGUAAACUUGCUCACUGCUCUCGUACGGAAGGACAUACUUAAUUCCAUAGCUUUGUGUGGCUGGUUCAUGGUGGCAAAAUGGAAUGACCUGCAGUGACCAACCUAAACUUUAACAAAUCUUACAUUCCCCCAAUCAAUUAGUCAUUGAAAUGCCAAUUUCCACAAGAAGCACUUGAAGAACAUGCAAGCUCACCUGGCAUCCUGGUUGUGCUUGCUUCAGAUUAACAGGUGAGCACAGGCUAGACCUGGCAGCCGGUCACCGAUGGCCUUGUGGAUUCUGUAAAUUGUGUGCUGGACAGCUGUGUACACAUGGCAAUCUAUUUAAGGAUGUGUAAUAAAGAAGUUUGUCAUCUUUUAAACCCCUGCUGCUUAGGAAGUGAAACAGCACAAGUAUCGGGUUGAAGAACUCUGUCCUCCUCUCUCUCUUUUGUAGCUGUUCAAAAUGUUUGCUAUUUUUAUAGUUUUGUACUGGUUGCAGUCAAGUUAUUUGUUAAAAAAAUUCUUCCAUUGAAAAUUGGUGACAAGUUGUGGGGUGUACGUUGCAGUGUCUACAAAAUUUUCAGCUUUUUUUAUUAUUUCAUCUGUGCCUGGACAUGCUUUUGCACACGGUACUCUGAUGUACGGGACAUUGCACCAUGUGUGUCACUUCUCACCUAAUAGGAACGGCAUUGCAUAUGCUGGUGCAUUGUCUAAUGGCUCUGUUGAGCUUGUGUAAAUGUCUGAAUAAUAAAGCCAGUGGUGCGUUAUGUUCA